AUGUCAUACGAAGAUAAAUUCGACUCAUCGUUAGAUAUACUUAGAAGAUUGGACCCACGUUCAAUUACCACCAAUCUCAAUAACAUAUGUACCUUAGUCCGUGAUGAAGAAUUAGUUCAAGAUUUAUUAUCGUCAGUUGACACCCCAUUAAAAGUCAGUCGUUGUCAAGAAACUGGUAAGGAAUAUUUAUGUUGUGAUUAUAAUCGAGAUGGAGAUUCAUAUCGCUCUCCUUGGUCAAAUACUUAUUAUCCUAAAAUUUCAACUGGGGAUGAUGAUGAAUUACCUCCAUUCCCACUGGAAUUAUUGAGACAAUUGGAAAUUAAAGCCAAUGAUAGUUUUGAUAUUUAUAGAGAUUUGUAUUAUGAAGGGGCAGGUGUUUCAUCUGUUUAUUUAUGGGAUACUGCCGAAGAUGAAAAUUCUGGUUUGGAUGAAGGAUUUGCCGGGGUGGUUUUGUUUAAGAAGGAAACGGAUGAUAAAUCGGGGAAAUGGGAUUCAAUUCAUGUGUUUGAAGUUAUUCCGGAAUCAAAGACUAGUGUUUUAUAUAAAUUGACUACUUCCGUGAUUUUAGAUUUACUGAAUACCAAAGAUUCUUCAUUAAGUUUAUCAGGAAAUUUAACAAGACAAUUGGAAUCAACCCAAGUCAUUGAAUUGGAUGGUGGAGUUAAUUUGGAAAGCAAUCAUUUGAUCAAUUUGGGUACUUUGAUUGAAAAAUCUGAAUAUAAUAUUAGAAACUUGUUACAAGAAGUUUAUUUUGAUAAAUUAAAAGAUAUAAUGUUGAAGGAUUUACGAUCAAUUGGUGAUAUUUCUGAUAAGAAGUUAGAUGAUUUGAAACAAAGUGAAAUAGUAAAAGGUUUACAAGGCAUGUAG